CGCGCGCCGUCAGUUGCUUCUGGGCGGCGGCGGAGACGGACGGGCGCGGGGAGGUGGCCAUGGCGACGACGACGGGUGUCCCCGAGCGGCUGGGCUGGCCGCUGCUCCUGCUGCUGGGGCUUACGGGCCCGGCGGUGACGCUGGCCGGGUACAUCGAGGCCCUUGCCGCCAAUGCUGGCACGGGGUUUGCUGUAGCCGAGCCCCAGGUUGCCAUGUUCUGCGGAAAGCUGAACAUGCACGUGAACAUCCAGACCGGGAAAUGGGAGCCUGAUCCUUCUGGGACCAAGAGCUGCUUUGGGAGGAAAGAGGAGAUCCUGCAAUACUGUCAGGAGAUCUAUCCGGAGCUUCAGAUAACAAACGUGGUCGAUGCCAACCAACCAGUCAGCAUUGAAAACUGGUGUAAAAAGGGCAAGAAGCAGUGCAAAGGCCAUACCCACAUUGUCGUCCCCUUUAAGUGUCUGGUGGGUGAGUUUGUCAGCGACGUCCUCCUUGUCCCAGAGAAGUGCAGAUUCUUCCACAGGGAACGGAUGGAUGUGUGCAAAAGUCACCAGUACUGGCACACUGUAGCCAAAGAGGCAUGCUUGACCGAGGGGACGAUCUUGCACAGCUAUGGCAUGCUGCUUCCUUGUGGAGUAGACCAGUUCCAUGGCACGGAGUAUGUGUGCUGUCCUCAGGCCAAAAUUGUUGAUGAAGCCCUUUCCAAAGAGGAGGAGGAAGAAGAGGAGGAUGAAGAUGAAGACUACGACAGUUACAAAAGUGAAUUCCCUACAGAGGCAGACAUAGAAGAUUUCACAGCAGCAAUAGUGGAGAUGGAUGAGGACGAAGAGGAGGAGCAAGAGGAAGAUGAGGAAGAAAUGGUGGUCGACCGGGACUACUAUUAUGAUGGCUACAAAGAUUACAAUGAAGAGCCUCCAACUGAGCCAGGCAAGGACAAAUCUCUCUCUGAGAAGGAAGUAAUGAAUGACGUGAAAGCUGUCUGCUCCCAGGAGGCGAUGACAGGGCCCUGCCGGGCUGUGGUGCCUCGGUGGUACUUCGACAUGUACAAGAAAAAGUGCAUUCCCUUCAUAUAUGGAGGCUGCGGAGGCAACAGGAACAAUUUUGAGUCAGAGGACUAUUGUAUGGCUGUGUGUAAAAAGAUGAUUCCUCCGACUCCCGUCCCGACCGAUGAUGUGGACGUUUACUUUGAAACUCCAGCCGACGACAAUGAGCAUGCCCGGUUCCAGAAAGCCAAAGAGCAGCUGGAGGUUCGGCAUCAUAACCGCAUGGACCGGGUGAAGAAGGAAUGGGAGGAAGCAGAGCGUCAGACUAAGAAUCUCCCCAAGGCGGAGAGGCAAACGCUCGUUCAGCGGUUCCAGGCCAUGGUGAAAUCGCUCGAGAAAGAAGCAGCCGGCGAGAAGCAGCAGCUUGUGGAGACUCACCUCGCUCGCGUCGAAGCCAUGCUGGACGACCGACGUCGCAUCGCUCUGGAAAACUACCUCGUUGCCCUGCAGACAGACCCUCCACGGCCCCACCGUAUCCUCCAAGCCCUGAAGCGUUACGUCCGGGCCGAGAACAAAGACCGUCUGCAUACGAUCCGCCAUUACCAGCACGUUUUGGCUGUCGACCCAGAAAAGGCUGCACAGAUGAAAUCGCAGGUGAUGACACAUCUCCAUGUGAUUGAGGAGAGGAUGAAUCAAAGUCUGUCGCUGCUCUACAAGGUACCAUAUGUGGCUGAAGAAAUCCAGAGUGAGAUUGAUGAGCUGCUUGAAGAGCAGCGGGCUGACAUGGACCAGUUUCUGUCUUCCAUCUCAGAAUCCCAGGUGGAUGUCCGUGUAAGUUCUGAAGAAAGCGAAGAGGUUCCCCUCUUUGAUGGGAAACCAUUCCGUCCAUUCCAGGUGAAAACCUUCCCAGCUUCCCCAGAAAAUGAAGAUUCUCAGACGGAUUUGUACCAUCCAAUGAAAAAAGGGUCUGGCAUGUCUGGCCUUGAAGGACUGAUUGGAGCAGAAGAGAAAGUGAUCAACAGCAAGAACAAGCUGGAUGAGAGUGUGGUAAUUGAUGAAACCCUUGAUGUGAAGGAAAUGAUUUUCAAGCCCGAGCGAGUCGGCGGACUGGCGGAUGAGCCGGAAACGGACAACUCCCUGCGUGAGGACUUCAGUUUCAGCAGCAGUGCUCUCAUUGGCCUCCUGGUGAUCGCGGUAGCCAUAGCCACCGUCAUCGUCAUCAGCUUGGUGAUGCUGAGGAAGAGGCAGUAUGGCACCAUCAGCCAUGGAAUCGUAGAGGUUGACCCAAUGCUCACCCCGGAGGAACGCCAUCUGAACAAGAUGCAGAACCAUGGCUAUGAGAACCCAACAUACAAAUACCUGGAGCAGAUGCAGAUUUAAAGGGAUGUUUCAACUGCAGCAAAGAGGCUGUAGGGAGGGCCAAAGCGGUCCAGUCUUUUGGAUCAACUACUGACCAACCGUUGCUUGAAGAGGACUUCAUCUUUACAUUCAGAACUCCUGGAUCAUUAAGACUUAAUUACUACUGUAGAGUUGCAAUUUCCAUUCUUUUAAAUGGGCGAGGAAAUGGUAAUAUAACAAUAUAUGAUAUAUAAACCUUAAAUGGGGAAAUGGAUCUAUUGCAGAUAUUUGAGAUGUAGUUUUUUUUUCUUUUUUAAGAAACUUAAUCUAAAGAGGAAAAUCCCAGUGCUGUUGUAUUGUCUGAUAAGCUCUCUGUAUAAAUGAGAAAUUUCGUUUUAUUUCUGAUACACCACUUGUAUAUUCAAGGUCAUUUGUACCAGCCACACUGUAUAAACAAGACACUUGUGGCUCUUUGGUCAUUCUGGCUUUUAUAUAUAAAACCAGUAUUGCUUUUUUUUUUUAGUGAUCUAGUUUUUCCCGAAAUUGCAAGAUGACAAAUUGGUGUUAGGGUUUUUGGGGAGAAACAUAACGAAAGCAAAUCAAUAACAAUCACUGAAAUCUUGUAGAAGUUCUCCAGCGCCAGUGCCCUGUGCAUCUCUGCUGCUAUGUGGCUUGGUUUUCAGAAAUCUGGAUCCUCUGGAACAGAGUGGGGGAAACAGUUUCUGCCAUUUUAGGGGCUUUCUAGUGGAGUAUGCGGGUGUGGCUUGUGCAUCUUGGGAUUGCGCAAACCUGCCUUGCUUUCUGAACCCAGUCCUGCUGUAGACCUGGAAGUCUAAGUUCAAAAAUUCAACCCCUUCCAGCCAGCCUCCUUUUUAGCACCUUGCUCGAGUGUAAGUGCACCCCCUUUUUGAUCACGUGCACCCAAGACCCCUCUCUUCAGGGUAAACCAUGAUCAUUGACAGAACCAAAACCACUAACUUGCUUAGGAAUAACAUAACAUUUGGAGAGGCAAGAAAUUGUUGCAGUUCUGUUCUCCAUUUCAGGUGGGGUCUUGUCGAUGAUGCCCAAGUUACAGAGAAGGGAAGGGAAGGGAAUUGGGGGCACGGAAGAGUCGCGGGGAUUGUUCCAUCACCAUCAUGUCUUUGUAAUGCUUGUAUAGUUGGUGUUAAUGCUCACCGCUUUUUUAAAUUCUGGAGGUUCUGGUAACCUGUGGUGUAUCCUCCCCCCCCCCCCAUUUUCUUGUGACUUGUUUCUUUCUCCCCCACCCUUUUCCAUGUCUCUUCCCACUAUGCACAGAUUUACUUAACCUGCAAACUCCUUAGUGUGGUCUGUGGGGAAUGUAAAAAAAGUUGAACACACAUCAAUAAACACUUUAACUUCCA